AUGUCAACGCUCACAGCAAUGGCAGCAAUAAUGGCGAUAGCAGAAAAGGUGUUCGCAUCAACAGAGUCAAUAUCAAUGGCGACAAUUAAAACAGCAAUACAUCCGCUCCGAUUUUACAGCCCGAAUGUUGGUGCAGAUACAGCAAGACCUUCAGCAGCUCGUCCAGAAUUCUUUUUAUCUGAGGCUCAAAGAUCUAACUGUCCAGCGAAUUUGGCAUCGUUAAGGCUAUGCAUUCAGGAGUAUGAGAACAGGCAAUCAUCUGGCGGAUGUUCGCGACCACGACAAAAUCUGGACAGAUAA